AUGUGGUUUGAACUAUGUCGAGCUUUUACCAAAGCUGCCAUGGCGGCUUUGCUUCUGUUCAUGUUCUUGAAGUUAAUAUUUGCUUGCUGGGUAUCACCCAUUUUUGCAUAUAAGAAGCUUAAGAGAAAUGGGUUUAAAGGUCCAACUCCAACUUUUCCUUUAGGAAACAUUACCGAGAUGAAGAAGAAUACCAAAGAUUCUUCUUCUUCGUUUAGAUCAUCAACAGUCUCACAUGAUAUUCACUCAACUGCACUUCCUUACUUUUCCCGGUGGCAAAAAUCAUAUGGGAAGGUAUUUGUGUACUGGCUAGGCACAGAGCCAUUCUUGUGUAUUGCAGACCCGGAGUUUCUGAAGAAAAUAUCAGAAGGGGUAAUGGGCAAGAGCUGGGGAAAACCCGACGUGUUUAAACAAGACAGAGAACCCAUGUUUGGUAAUGGCUUGAACAUGGUUGAAGGUGACGAAUGGGUUCGUCACCGCCACGUCAUCACUCCUGCUUUCACUCCUGCAAACUUGAAGAAUAUGAGCAACAUGAUGGUGGAGUCCACCACAAAGAUGCUAGACAAGUGGACGGCCAUGAUCAACUCAGGCAACCCGUUAAUCGAUGUGGAGAAAGAGAUGAUAGAAACAGCAGGUGAGAUCAUAGCCAGGACAAGCUUUGGCACAAACCACGAAGUUGGAACUAAGGUCUUAGAAAAGUUACGAGCCAUGCAAAUGCUGCUCUUUAAAUCCAACCGCUACGUGGGUGUCCCCUUAAACAAGUACUUGAUAUCUCCAAGGCAAACUCGGGAAACCAAGAGGCUCGGGAAAGAGAUUGACGAACUCCUCCUUACCAUUAUUAACGACCGGAAAAACGACCGACGAUCGCCGCAAAAGGACUUGCUGGGCUUAUUGUCGGAGGCCGAGAAUAAUGUUGAUGGGCGUGACGGGAAGACGUUGACGCCGAGAGAGCUGGUUGACGAGUGCAAGACUUUCUUUUUCGGUGGACAAGAGACGACGGCGCUGGCGGUAACGUGGACGUUGCUGGUUUUGGCCAUGCAUCCAGAAUGGCAAGAGCAACUGAGGGAGGAGAUAAGACAGGUUGUGGGAGAGAAGGAGGUUGACGCCACCAUGCUUGCUAGGCUUAAGAAGAUGGGAUGGGUGAUGAACGAGGUUCUAAGGCUGUACUCACCAGCACCAAAUGCACAGAGACAAGUACGAGAAGAAAUUCGGGUGUCGCACGAUGAUAAUCGCACGGUGAUCCCAAGCGGAACCAACAUAUGGAUCGACGUAGUGUCGAUGCACCAUGACCCAGAACUGUGGGGGGAGGAUGUGUACGAGUUUAAACCAGAGAGGUUUAAGGAAGACAUUCUGUACGGAGGAUGCAAACACAAGAUGGGUUUUUUACCAUUUGGGUUUGGAGGAAGGAUGUGCAUUGGGAAAAACUUGAGCGCCAUGGAGUAUAAGAUUGUGCUGACACUAAUUCUUUCUAGGUUUUCCUUCUCCCUUUCUCCAACUUACACUCAUGCUCCUUCCCUUCUGCUCUCCUUAAGACCCUCUUAUGGUCUCCCUCUUGUUUUGCAGACUCUUUAGACUGUAUUGGUAUUGCAAUUCCUUUCUUUUUUUUUUUUUUUUAUCUAAAUAAGAUCAUGUACUUACAUGAGUGAUACAUUAGAACUCGGGUUGAAACUCGAUAUAA